UGCGUCUAGAAGAGCAGGAAAAACUUCAGCAGAGACUUGUCUUCUAAUAAUCAGCUCUACACAUUGUUCUCCAGACUCGGAUUAGGAGCGGAGCACUUCUGGAAGCGCGCGAACAUGGACGAUCUAGACGCCUUGCUUGCAGAUCUCGAGUCUUCCACUGCCCAUAUCUCCAAGUGCCCAGUGUUUCUUCCUGAGGAGACACCAUAUUCCUACCCCACCGGAGGGCACCUUUUUCAGGAUGACUCCCCUCCUCCGCCCCUGCCCCCUCCACCCACAUCUGAGGCCCUGAACGGAUCGCUGUCCCCGCGGCCGGACUCCCAGCACUCCUCGCAACAGUCUCUGGGCUCUGCUCAUAAAAGCACGUUGUCUCGGGACAGCAGCCCACCAGCCUCGCAUACAGAAGAAGACCACGUUUACAGUUUUCCUAACAAGCAGAAGCACUCAGACUCAUCGGCCACAGCCAUGACUUCUGCCCUGGGCAGCAACCUGUCUGAACUGGACCCCCUUCUUCUGGAACUCAACGCUGUACAGCAAAAUGCCCCAUCUUACUCCACUACAGAAGAUGUUGCACCUCCAUUGCCCCCCUGCAGUGUUGCCCACUAUAUCCAGGAAAAUGGAGCCCACCCAGGCAUCACACUGACACCGGCAGCCCAGGACAAGCCUCAGAGGAAUGGAACGAAGGGGACAGAUGAUGGCCGUCCCACUGUGGAAAGUCUUCUGAAUGAGUUGGAGAGCUCUGUGCCUUUCACAACGCCAAGCCCCUGUGCUCUGACGAGGGAAUUGACAGAUGGGCAGGUGGACACACCUUCCGAGCAGCAAGGCAGAAUAUCAGCCACCUCCGCUACACGAGAACUGGAUGAGCUCAUGGCCUGCCUGUCAGAUUUUAAGGUGCAGAGCAAUAUUAUGGCCCAGGGGAAGGGUCCACAACCACAGGUUAAUAAACUGGACAACAUGCUGGGCAGUCUUCAGUCUGACCUCCACAAGCUGGGAGUGCAGACGGUUGCUAAGGGAGUGUGUGGCGCCUGCUGCAAACCCAUUGUUGGCCAGGUGGUAACUGCCAUGGGGCGCACAUGGCAUCCAGAGCAUUUUGUGUGCACACACUGCCAGGAGGAGAUUGGUUCCAGAAACUUCUUUGAGAGGGAAGGACAGCCAUACUGUGAGAGAGAUUACCACCAUUUAUUCUCUCCGCGCUGCUAUUACUGUAACGGACCCAUACUGGAUAAAGUGGUGACGGCGUUAGACAGGACGUGGCAUCCUGAGCACUUUUUCUGUGCCCAGUGUGGGGCGUUCUUUGGUCCUGAAGGAUUUCAUGAGAAGGAUGGAAAGGCGUACUGUCGUAAAGACUACUUCGACCUGUUUGCUCCUAAAUGUGGCGGUUGUGCUCGUGCCAUCCUGGAGAAUUACAUCUCUGCUCUGAGCGCCCUCUGGCAUCCAGAGUGUUUUGUGUGCAGGGAGUGCUUCACACCCUUCGUUAACGGCAGUUUCUUCGAGCAUGACGGUCAGCCGUACUGUGAGGUUCAUUAUCACUCCCGACGCGGGUCGCUGUGUUCCGGCUGUCAGAAACCCAUCACGGGCCGCUGCAUCACAGCCAUGGGCAAGAAGUUUCAUCCUGAGCACUUUGUCUGUGCCUUCUGCCUCAAGCAGCUCAACAAGGGCACCUUCAAAGAGCAAAACGAGAAGCCUUACUGCCAGGGCUGCUUCAUCAAGCUCUUCAGCUAGAAAGAUGCCUGACUGACUGAGAGUGAGUGUGAG